UAGUACUUCGCUUGGAAUUUUGGAUUUUGGAAAACGAGAAUCAACAAUGGAGGAGGAAGAUUUGGAAGAAAUGAAACAGUUGCGAGAAACGAAGCAAAAGAAUGUGCCUUCAAAUGUUGUAUCACAGCAGUCACCAAGUUCUUCCAAAGAACAAGAUGGAAAUGCAAAAGGAGUUGAAUCCUUAAUGGGAUUUUCUGGCUUUGGAAAGAGAGCUCGACAGUUUGAUAUCAGUGAAAUGAUGGCGAUAGCAAAAAGAAGAGCUGCUGAUGUUGCUGAAAGUUCACAAUCUAAAAUUGAAGAUGAGGAUGAGAGUGAUGAUGAAGCUCCAUUUGUCAUAAUGCCACCAGGAAAAGCUACAUCUGAAAAAAAUGACAAGAGUGCUAAAGAAAGUGGAAAACAAACUAAAGAUAGUGAUGAUGAGGAUGAUGAUAAUGAUGAUGGAAGUGACAAUGAAAGCAUGGAGUCAUUCAUACCUUGUAGUCAUGAAAUAACCCUGGAACAUGGUGCAAAGACUGUUUCUGCUUUAUCACUGGACGCAAGUGGUUCCCGAGUAAUAUCUGGAGGACAUGACUAUGAUAUCAAAUUUUGGGACUUUAAUGCAAUGGGUGCAUCAUUAUCUGCAUUCAGAAACAUCCAACCUUGUGGUUGUCAUCAAAUUCGUUCAUUGGAGUACAGCUCAACUGGAGACACAAUUCUGGUUUGUUCUGGGAAUGCCCAGGCAAAGAUUUUGGACCGUGAUGGAUUUGAAGCUUAUGAAUGUGUGAAAGGAUAUCAAUAUUUAUUUGACAUGGCUAAAACAAAGGGCCAUGUUUCCAUGUUGAACGGUGGUUGUUGGCACCCUAAGGAUCGUGAUAAAUUCAUGACGUGUGGCGAUGAUGGUACAGUAAGACUAUGGGAUGUAAACACACCAAAGAAAAAUAUUGAUGUACUGAAAACAAAGAGUAUCCAAGGUAAAAAGGCCAUACCAACUCACUGUGCGUACAGCAAGGAUGCAAGAUAUAUCAUUGCUGGUGUUCAGGAUGGAACGAUUCAUGCAUGGGACACAAAGAAACCUUUUGUCCAUCCUACAUUUUUGAUCAAGAAUGCUCACACAAAUGGAAGUGAUAUUUCAUGUCUGAAAUUCUCAUAUGACAGCAAUAUCUUUGUUUCAAGAGGAGGAGAUGACACAAUAAAACUCUGGGAUCUUAGAAACUUCAAACGACCAGUGAAUGUUGCGCUUAACCUUCCAAAUGCUUUCCUGACGACAAGUUGUUUCUUCAGUCCAGAUGAGAAACUUAUAGGAACAGGAACGUCUGUACGGAAAGGACAGGGAAAUGGGAAAUUGGUAUUCUAUGAAAAAUCGACGUUCAAGAAAGUGUACGAGUAUUCGGUCACAGAUUCUAGUGUUGUGAGCUGCAUGUGGCACCCGAAAAUCAACCAAAUCUUGGCUGGUUGUGGAAAUGGAAAAGUGAAAGUCUUCUUUGAUCCACAACGAAGUACAAGGGGGGCGAUUAUGUGUGUUUCAAAAGCAAAGAAGAAGAGUGAAACUCGUGAAAUGAAACUCCCACCAAGGAUUAUUACACCCCAUGCUCUUCCGAUGUUCCGACAGAACCAAGGUGGGGCCACGAUGAAAAAGGUGAAAGAUAAAGAAAGAGCAGAUCCGAUUAAGUCAAGGAAACCUGAAACUCCAUUGACUGGUGCUGGAAAAGGAGGCCGUGUUGCAUCUGGGAUCAGUUUAUCACAAUUUGUUUCUAAGAAUUUGGCCGUGAAGAAUCUCGAUGACUCGAAUCCUCGGGAAUCUAUCCUUCGCCAUGCCAAAGAAGCUGCUGAGAAUCCUUUCUGGGUGAGCCCCGCUUAUUCCAAAACUCAGCCGCGGACUAUUCUUGCUGAAGAAGAUGAGGAAGAAGAUGAGGAAAACGAAGAGAGUAAAGCGAAGAAAUUAAAGCUUUCAUAAAACGCCAGGUAAAUAAAUAGGGAGGCGCAAUUGAUUGCAGUGACGAGGACUCUUGAAGGAAUUGGACAAACAUUGUAAGUUCUUAUACCAACAACUUGUCAUGCAAGAAAGAGGAAAGGAUCGCGAACAUUUUAAGCAGAACUUAAAUUAUUGGUAACAAUGAUUCGUAAGGAUGAACACCUCUGGAUGGAAUACCUAAGACACUCGCAAAGAAUCGUCAUAGGAGCUGGUUGGUAUAUCCACGGUAUAUCGAAUUCCCAGUGGGAGGAGUAACCACUUUACCGAUACCUCAUUGAAUCAUCCAACUUCUAAAAAUCCACUAUGAUCAGUGAAUCUACACGAGGUAGCUCACACUUUUGAGGAAAAUAUAAAACAUUACGACUCCUGUGGGUGAAAUGUUGCGAUUUUCUCUAGAACAAUGAACAGUAUAGAUUAAAUGUGCAGAUAUGAUUAAAUAACACUGUCAUAUUUACAUAUCCAGGCACUUGUGACACAAACAAAACACGCCUUUAUUUUAUGUCA